CGGGGUGACCGGGAGGUUUGGCGGAAGUCGAGGAGCUGCCGGGAGGUGUGGCGGAAGAGGCGGGGCCGGGGCGCUGGGCCCGGAGCGGAGCGGAGCGAUGCAGAAGUACGAGAAACUGGAGAAGAUCGGGGAAGGCACCUACGGGACGGUGUUCAAGGCCAAGAACCGGGAGACGCACGAGAUCGUGGCGCUGAAGCGGGUGCGGCUGGACGAUGACGACGAGGGCGUUCCCAGCUCGGCGCUGCGGGAGAUCUGCCUGCUGAAGGAGCUGAAGCACAAAAACAUCGUCAGGCUGCACGACGUGCUGCACAGCGACAAGAAGCUGACGCUGGUCUUUGAGUUCUGCGACCAGGACCUCAAGAAGUAUUUCGACAGCUGCAACGGGGAUCUGGACCCUGAGAUCGUGAAGUCCUUCAUGUACCAGCUGCUGAAGGGCCUCGCGUUCUGCCACAGCCGCAACGUCCUGCACAGGGACCUGAAGCCGCAGAACCUCCUCAUUAACAGGAACGGGGAGCUGAAGCUGGCAGACUUCGGCCUGGCUCGGGCCUUUGGCAUCCCGGUGCGCUGCUACUCAGCAGAGGUCGUCACGCUGUGGUACCGCCCCCCCGACGUGCUGUUUGGUGCCAAGCUGUACUCCACCUCCAUCGACAUGUGGUCGGCCGGCUGCAUCUUUGCAGAGCUGGCCAACGCGGGGCGGCCGCUCUUCCCGGGGAACGACGUGGACGACCAGCUGAAGAGGAUCUUCAGGCUGCUGGGCACCCCCACGGAGGAGCAGUGGCCGGCCAUGGCCAAGCUGCCUGACUACAAGCCCUACCCCAUGUACCCCGCCACCACCUCCCUGGUCAACGUGGUGCCCAAGCUGAACGCCACCGGCCGGGACCUGCUGCAGAACCUGCUGAAGUGCAACCCGGUGCAGCGGAUAUCGGCGGAGGAGGCCCUGCAGCACCCCUACUUCACGGACUUCUGCCCCCCCUAGAAACCCACGUGGAACCGUGGGGGCAGCAGGGGGGGGGACGGGGGGGACGGGACCAAGCACCCCGUGCCCCCCCCC